GAGAUGGCUGUUAAAUCUACUAUCAAGUCAAUCACUCCAAAAACUGAGGAUUGGAUAUGCAAAAUUCAAGUAGUAGAUAAAUAUCCUCCCAGAGACAAGAAAGACAAAAGUGGAAAAUACCAACUGAUGGUUUUGCAAGACGAAGAGGAAAAUCAAAUUCAAGCCAUCAUUUGGAAUGUUGAUAUAAUGCAGUUUGACAAGUAUUUCAAACCAUUCCAAACAUACCUGGUGUUAGUUGCACAAGUAAAAGAACUGAAUCCUGCAUAUACUAAUCCAUUCAACAAAUACAUUUGGACAAUUGACAGAAAUACUAUUGUUGAACCAAUUGAAAAAGUCAUUCCUCCAGAUAAUCCACUAUCACCGCCAACAUGAUUGGCUAUCACCCCUUUUGAGGCUAUUGAGCAUCAAAUGAAAGAUUUUGAAUUUGGUAACUAAAAAACCUUCAAUAUCUCAUUUGCAAAUUCACACUCUAUUUUUUACUUAUUCAUUUAUUGUUUUUUUAUCUAAAGAUGUCCUUGAACUACUUAUUAAUGCUAGACUUGCAAGUAAUGCAUCAAAUGGGAAGAAAUUCCAGGAAUUCAUCAUUAUGGAUACUCA